CCUUCCCUCAGCAUCUCCCCUCCCAGCCCAACACAGAAACCAAGGAAGCCGAUGAAUUAUUAAACAGGCCCUGUCCAAGGCGCCUGGGUCAGACUUCUGUGCUGCUGUAGGCUGUACGCUAAUACCCAGGCUGGUCUUCUAGAAUUUGACUGGGAACGGCUACUCAGCCCAGCACAGCCACGGAUUCCCAACUUUGGAGCAGAAGGUCAGAGAACUGAAGCUUUCCGAGAUCUUUGCUUCCAUGUGUUGGAUCUGGAGGGGUUUGGGAAGAGUUUGAGACUCCACAAAGCUGCCUUGGAGUAGAUGGUCAUCAGCUCCUCCUGCCACUCCUUGCAGCAGGCCACCUUCCAAAUUCUCUGUUUUGGAUCCGUCUUAUUUUCUUGGUUGGCAUCGUAAUUCCAGCCUCGUUUCUUCUUUUUAUUCCUUUCUCCUGUUCCUUCUCCCUGUUUCUUUCAUCCAAUCUGAGCCCUUUUCUCGCCUCCUUCUGGCAUCUCCCAAACUUACUUCAGCCACUUUCUGUUCCUUCCCUUUCCCUAAUGAUUCACUUCUGACCUCCAGCACUAAAAAAUCCUGGGGGAGUCCUGUUAAUGGCCAGCCAGGGAGGGGGCUACCGGAAGAAACCUGGCAAGAAAGGACAGAAUGCCGAUCCAGAUAUUCUGCACCAUCUCCUUCUCCUCCAGCAAAGAGAAACACACCAUCAAGAGCCCUGCUGAAAGUAAUCACGACAAAUCUCUUUAUGACCAGCACAAUCCAGAAGAUUCAGAGAAGGACUCCAAAGAGGAAGAAGAACUAGGGGAGAAAGAUGAAGGAACAACCCCAAAUCUGGCAGCCUUUGCCAACAGCUGCACCUUGCAUGGUGCCAACCAUAUCUUUAUAGGGAAUGGAUUUGGAAUCCGCCAGAUCCUCUGGGCAGGUGUGUUCCUGAUCUCUCUGUCCAUUUUCUUAUCCCAGGUAACUGGGCGAAUUUUUUACUAUCUGGAAUAUCAUCAUAUCACACAGCUGGAUGAGCAGGAGAGUCCACAGCUGGCUUUCCCUGCUGUUACUUUCUGCAAUACCAAUCGGAUCCGAGUGUCUCAGCUCACCUACGAUUACUUGUCUUAUAUUUCACCGCUUUUGGGCUAUGAUGUGGGCACCUACCUGGAAGCAGGCUUCCCACUGGCUACACCUAGCUUUGAAGCACCCGAGGAGCCCCUCAAUCUGCUUAACUUUUAUGACCGCAGCAGCCAUCAGCUGGAGGACAUGAUGCUGACUUGUAGAUAUCGUGGGGAAAUUUGCAGGCCUGAAGACUUUACUAUGGUUUUCACCCGCUACGGAAAGUGCUACACCUUCAAUUCUGGCCAGUCUGACAAGCCACCCCUCAUUACCAUGAAAGGGGGCACCGGCAAUGGCUUGGAGAUCAUGCUGGACAUUCAACAGGAUGAAUACCUUCCGGUCUGGGGAGAGACAGAUGAGACAUCCUUUGAAGCUGGGAUUAAAGUGCAGAUCCACAGCCAGGAUGAGCCACCCUUCAUUGACCAGCUGGGAUUUGGAGUGGCACCUGGCUUCCAAACGUUUGUGUCCUGCCAAGAGCAGCGGCUUAUCUACCUUCCUCCACCUUGGGGUGACUGCAAGUCAGUGACAGUGGAGUCUGAAUUCUAUGACACCUAUAGCAUCACUGCUUGCCGCAUAGAUUGUGAAACCCGCUACUUGGUGGAGAACUGCAACUGUCGUAUGGUGCAUAUGCCUGGUGAUGCUCCGUACUGCACCCCUGAACAGUACAAAGAAUGUGCAGAUCCAGCCCUUGACUUCUUGGUGGAGCGAGACAAUGAUUAUUGUGUAUGUGAGAUGCCUUGCAAUGUCACACGCUACGGUAAAGAGCUGUCCAUGGUGAAGAUCCCCAGCAAGGCCUCAGCCAAGUACUUGGCCAAGAAAUACAACAAGAGUGAACAGUACAUUGGGGAGAACAUCCUCGUUCUGGACAUUUUCUUUGAGGCUUUGAACUAUGAAACCAUUGAGCAGAAGAAAGCAUAUGAAGUAGCUGGACUGCUGGGUGACAUUGGGGGACAGAUGGGACUGUUUAUUGGGGCCAGUUUACUGACUGUGCUUGAGCUUUUUGACUAUGCCUAUGAGGUUAUUAAGUUCCACCUCUGUCGCCGUGACAAGUGUGAGAAGAAACACAAAGGGAACAACAGUGACAAGGGUGUUGCCCUGAGCCUGGAUGAUGUGAAGCGCCAUAAUCCAUGUGAGAAUAUCCGAGGCCAUCCAGCAGGCAUGACAUACGCAGCCAACAUCCUACCUCACCACCCAGCCCGAGGAACUUUUGAGGAUUUUACCUGUUAACUGACAACUGGAUGUACAACUAACACUACCAAAGGGAAGGGGCCAUGCUGAGCAGCUUUGGCCCAGCCCAGCCCGUGGACCUGCCAACCUUUUGCAGGGCCUCUAUCUCAGACUACUGGGGAGGCAGCAGAAUCCAGCCUCUCCUCAUCCAUCCGCCCCAGGCCAAUGCAGCGAUACGCACAUGGAGCCAGCUGGACAGAGGUGAGGCUCAGCUGCCAGAUCCACUCCAGUUUCUGCUCAUUCCAAUGACGCCCUUGAACUUUAAACGUAACGGAAGUGCUGCUGGAAGAAACCCCCCCGCAGUAUCCAAUGGAGGUGAGGGCACAGCCUUCUCCGGUCCACAAACACUGAAGUCUUAACUGUGUGUCUCUCCUUCUGUAUCUGUCAUGCUCCCUAACCACAGCAAGCCUUGUGUGGCGGUGGUCAUUGUGUGCAAAGCCCUCUCUCUCUCUCUCUCUCUCUCUUUUAUUCCGAAUGCCAAGAAGAACCUACAGGAACAGAUAGACCCAGACUGUUUCUGUGGCAUUCUGUUUGUAGAGGCUACUUAUCUAUCAAAAGGAAGUGCUGCUUCAGUUCUCUUCCCUUCUCCCUUCUAACUGUGCACUGUGGGGAGGCCAACAGUCAUAGCCUUCACUGGAGCAAGACUGCAACUGAACUGAGAGAGCCACUUCCAUAGAAUGUGCCGUCAUCUGCUCAUCUCAUCCAACUGGCAGCUUCUCAUUUGACCUGGCCUGGACUCUGCUCUUCUUUGAGCCCUUGCCUAUUCCAUCCAUCAUCCCAGUCCUCCCAUGAGAAAGGCAGGUAGCAAAGCUGUUCCAAAGGUUACAACGUUCGCAUGAUGAGCUGCCUGGGCCCCUUCUGUGCAUGUUAUUAGGAAAGAUGUGACAAUUCUUAAGUAGUGAGGUUCAGAGACAAGUCUGCCAUUUCGCAGGAAUUCUCCAUAAUGUACAAAAGAGAUUGUUUCCAAAGAAGUCAUGGUUCAGGGUCUGUAGCUGCUAAUAGGAGAAGAAAGCAAUGCACCUGUCUCUUGAUUUGAGCUUCCUUCUUUAUUUCCCAUGGUACCAGGGCAACAUCUAGGGUAUUCCUUGCAGGCAGAAAUAACGUGCCAACAUUACUUUGGCUGGCAGAAGCUUAGCGCUCGCUUUAGCAAGAAAAAACAGAAGGGACUUUUAGGGCAAUGAUAAGAGUAGCUUGUUUUAGUACACUGUGGAAACGACGUUGUCCUUUAGUUUUUAAGGGCAGAAACAGUCCCUUAUCACCGUCAGCCAAGAUUUCGUAGGUAAGGAUUAAGACGCCACUCUGAGACAUACACAGAGGGUCUCCAAACAAAAUGCAUACAAAUGAUGCAAGGCAUUUCUUUAUUAUGCAUCAUCAGCAUACCGGCAAAAUAAAAGAACAGUUAUGGGAAGAUGUUUCUCUGGAAUAUAUUUUCAAGUCAGACUCCCUGUUUUCUCCUAAAGAAACUUCAAAGUCCUAUUUUAUAACACUCACUAUUACAACCCAGCCACAGUCAACUAGUUAGUGUUUCAGCCAUUUAGCCCUGUUACCUUCAAGCCAAGAUGAAUGGUUUGCAUUGGGAAGGAGCAUUUGCAGGCUGGGAAUGAUGGUGGGCAUUCCAGUAAAGCCAUGGGUCAGGGAGGGUGGCAUGAGUUCCCUUUUUUGUAGCAAUUGCUUUUGUCUUAAGUCUCCUAUACAACCUGUCCAUAGUGCCUGAUACUUCUCCACCUGAGAAAGGCAGAGCAGAAUGGAGGUUUGAUUUCCCCCCCCCCCCCCCCCAAUUCCCGAAUAGCCACCAUUUCAAUCCAUAUUAAGAAGAGCCUGGAUGUGUGGUCCUGUGAUGGUAGGCCACACAGCCUACUCAAGAGACUGACAUCACCAUCAGUGAAGGGUUGUCUAACAUUUGCUUCUCCAAAAAUGAACUGACAUGACCUUGUCUUGUAAGUGUUCCACUUACUGUAUUCCAAGCCAUCCUGGUGAAAAGCCUUUUGGAAUUUUAUAAUAGGCUAUAGUUUGAUAAGAAUGAGAAUCAGAAACAGCAGUGUCUUCCUCACCGUAACCUUUAAAAUUUGCUUCUGGUAGCGAUGUGGUUAAUAUACUUUUUUCUCCACUGUUAAUUCAGCCACUCUCCAAGGAGCCCAAAUCAACAGAGCUGUCCAAACUGUGAUAAACACCCACUGGAAUCCGGACAGGCUAAGUUUGGGGAGAAAUCUUUUUUUUAAAAAAAUCAGAAAAGCCUGGAUUAUCUGGGAUCAUCUGUACUGAUGUACUGAUGCAUGUUCAGCCUUGCUAAGUAGCAGGAGAUAAGGUCUACACUUUCUCUGUGCUUCAUGAGCUUACAAGUAUAAAGAGAAAUGGGAAACAAAUGACCUUUUGAUUACAUUAAGGGAAUUAAUGCCAAGAACCGAGGAAGAAAUAAGCUUCUGUGUAUCUCGAGGUGUCCAUUCACAACACCAAAGGAUUUUGAUGGCGCUUGGACUUCCCACCCUCUCUGCCAUAUAAACAAACUGUAUUUAAACUGCCUCUAAGACUCAAAGCUGCCAGAUGGGGAGAAACCCAUGGAUACUGGGUUCCCCCCCUCCCCCACUUUUAGAGGAACUCAUCCCCCUUUCAGCCUGGGUCACACACAUGGCAUCUAGUGCCUGCCCUAGUCUUUGGCACAUCCAGUCUCCUUUUCUUAAUAUUAUUAACUUAGACCUGCUUCAUGUGCAGCACCCAGGGCCAAAGUUCUCCUUAUCUUUAAGAGCUUUUGCAAUACAAUUGCUCUUUUUUUAAGCUUUAUUUUACUUGGAUCCUGAUCAUUCCAGAAUUGAAUGUAUUUGUUCAUUGGGUGGGCUGUUGUGUAACAGAUUUCCCAAAGAUAUUAUAAUCUGCCACGGCCAAUUUUUUCCCCACAAAAUUUUUUAAAGUGUUCUUUGCCCAAAAGCAUUUUGUUUAUUCUGCGGUUUUUACUGGCGUCAUUGUAUUUUACUGCUUGAAAACUUUUGAAGAUAGGGCUUACAUUUUGACCUUCUGUCUCCAUUUGUCUAUCCAUUUUUACUAUUUCAUGCUCAUGUUAUAUUUCUUAUAUAUAAAAUAUGAUUACAGUAUAUACAUAUAUAUAUAUACACACAGACACACAGACACAUGUGUAUAUGUAUAUAUAAAUACAUAUGCACACUCAAACACAUACCUGCACAUAUAUGUCAUGUCUAUGUAUAUAUUCAUUCAGUAGCAUCAAAAGCCUUGAUAUUGUGCCAUUAUAACUUUUUUCCAAACUACCAAUCUCUGAAUGCCUUCAAAUGUAUAAAAUGUUGAAUUCUCUCUGGUAUAUGUACUAUGUACACAUUUUCAUAGGAAGCACAACAAGAAGAAAAACGCAUUGUAUAUCAAAACUUGCUCCUCUAACAAUGAUAUAAAGGACAAAACCAACCCCUGGAGACUCAGCCUUUUCCUCUUUCACUUUUCUGCAAUUUUUCUUUUUCUUUCUCUCUCUCUUUCUCUCUCUUUUUUUCUUCGUGUUUUGAUAUCUUCCAACAUAGGAACAUCUAGAAGAGAGAUGCAAGAUGGCCCCAGCAACUGUGCAAUCAAAUCCCUAUCCCUUUUUUGUGUACCACAUACAACGUAACUAAAAGAGGCAGGGCUCUCUCUGAUUGUACAGAGUUGUGGCUGACAUUGUGACUUCUGCAUCCCAGCAGAUAACUCUGCUGUGACAGCACUCUACUAAUUUAAGGUGGUGAGAUCAACAAGCAUCAACAAGCAAAACCAAAAAAUAAUAGCAGUUUUUUAAAGGCAACAAUUUUGGUCAAAAUAUGUAAUGCUGAAACUCUCCAGCAACAAAGCAGAAUAGCCUUCAUUCAAAUGGUACUAGGUAAGUUUUUCAAAAAAACCUUUGAUUAGUUUAUGUACCAUGCUCAAACUACUUUAACCAUGUUUACUGAAUACAUCAAGAUUCAAGCAACACAGACAUUAAUCAUAUUUUAUAAGCCAGAAACCAUAAUGGCUGCUCUCACAAAAUGUAAAGCACAAUAUUGCUUAGUGUAAUGUAGGAACAUUGUCUCUCACUAUGUGUAUUUGUAUGUGUGUGGAUGCGUGAACAGAUUUCAGCGUAUAAUAUGUGGAAUUACUUUAGAUACAUCUGAACAAUGUCACCUCCAUCUAUAUAUGUUGUCGUUCAGAACAAAAGAGUUAUUUGGAAUGCUUGGUCACCCAUUACUAUUUUAACUUUGGAGUCCUUGCUCACAGAAUUACAAACACAUAAACUGCAAAGCUGCACUGUAGAUGCAUUGAGCUGGUUUCCUUUUUAUAACUAUCAUCAUCUUAGAGAAGAUGGCAGAAUAUUUUUUUUAAAAAGAACCACAGAUAUAUUUAGGAAAACAUCUGUCAUUUUUAAAGAACAGUUGUACAAGUCAUCAGCAAAACCUCUGAAACACAAACUAACCAUCACAUUUUAAGCUUAAAUGUGUUAGGCAAAUCCAAGCCAAGUCAUUAAUUUAUCAUUCAUGAGGUCAUGUUAUUCGGAAAACCACAUUAAGUAAGUUAUGAUAACUUUAUGUAUGUCCUGUGCAUAUAACCAUAGGGCUACAUAUUAGUAAUACCAAUACCGAUUAAUACCAAUAUAUGGGAACUUGAAUGGAAGGAGAUCAUUUCACCCACAUCUUGGAACACUUCAUGGUAUCAUCUGGUCAUUGUGGAAAACAAAAUGCUGUCCUGGAAUAAAUCUGAUUCAACAUAGAAUUUGUUAUGUACCCUGUCGUUUUGGAAGUUGAUGCUAAUGUCAUCCUUUUAGGAGACAGCUGUAUUUUUUUAUGACUAAAUGUCACUACAGUACUGUAAGUGGAAUAUUUGUAUGUUGCUGGCAUAGCACACAUCUGCAUAAAAAUCACAUUUAGACUGCCCAGUAGUGGCAAUCACCAUUUA